UCCCGCGCCCGCCUUUCCUGGGCGCCCCGAGAGCCGGCGGCCGGGCUCCAGGUGAGGCGCAGGAUAUGAAAAGGGCCAGAAAAUAAAGCAGUGCUUCCCUGCGCGCCUGCCACACCCGCUAGGAUGUUUCUCAUGAACACCCCUCCAGUGGUCGCGCUCCAGUCCAAAUGGGAGGCCUUCAGCCCACCUGGGAGCUUUAGGUUUCCUGGGUGCUUCUCGGAAUCGAAAGAGGACGUCGCCAGAGCCGCGGUGAGCGCCAAGGUGCAGAUGAUCAUCAGCACGCUGCAGCAGCACGACGCAGUGCCCCUGGGCAUGAGCGAUGAGCGCCCUGCACAGAGAAGCCAGAAGGCAGAGAGGUGCCGCGAUGCCAGGCUGGCCCCCAGCCCCUCCAUGUGCAAAGAGCAGCCCCCUGCAUUCACCGCCUGUGGCCUUGCUGACCGUUGUGACCCCCCAGGGGAGGAGGCAGCUGCAGACCUGGGCCCCCUGGUGCUGGACUCAGACAGCGAUGACUCUGUGGACCGGGACAUCGAGGAGGCCAUCCAGGAGUACCUGAAGGCCAGGAGCGGGGCCACACAGCCUGGGUCUGGGGGCACCCCGCCUGGCAGGGCCUCGGCUGGGAGCAGCAGAUGCAAACUGGAGCCUCCCCACAGCAGCACCCCACCUGCCCUGGGUCCCCCAAAACUUGCCCCUGUGUCAGGCAGUGUUUCUGGCAGCUCCGUGGGGGCCAGCGAGGACCAGGGCUCUGCUUCCCCCGUCAGUGUGAGCAGCGAGGACUCCUUCGAACAGAGCAUCCGGGCAGAGAUCGAACAGUUUCUGCACAAGAAAAGACAACAUGAGAGUCCCAGAUGUGAUACAUCUAUGGACAAAAACCCAGACCCAAACAAAAGUGCAGCCAGAGCAAAAUCCAACAAAGAGCCUCCCAUCAAGGUCGUCCCUCGGCAGGACCUGAGGGGAACCACCAAGGAGUUUGUCUUCCGCAAGCCUCCCCGGUUAGCGAAGAUGAGCUCCCAGCCCAGGAGCCUGAGGCCUAAGGUCAUCCCCGAGCCAGAGACCACGGGCAGCACAAAGCCGGCUGUCCCCAAAGCAGAAGCAGCACAGAGUAAAGGUGGGGUGAGGAAGGGCGCAGGUGCCGGGCGGAGGGGCAGGCAGGCGAGGAGCCCAGCCCUGGUGCACGAGGCAUCGGACUCCAGCAGUGACGACGGCAUCGAGGAGGCCAUCCAGCUCUACCAGCUGGAGAAGACCAGGAAGGAGGCCAGCGGGGACCCGCUGCUGAGAACCCAGCUCAGAGAGGAGAUGGCGCCCGACCUCCCUGCAGGUAGCACAGGCAGUGGCAUGAAAAGUGCCUUGCCUGAAACCCACCGGAGAGCACCAAGCAAGAAAAAGCCAGCAGCCCUGAAAGCUGUGGACCCUGGGCCUGGGGUCCUUGACCCGGACCACUCCUCUAAGCUUCUGAAGGACGCCAAAGCCUCUGCACCUCCAGUAAACUCCAUCGCCAGGAGCGAGUGUGUGGAACGGGUGUCCUGCCGGGCAGAUACCUCCGCUGAGCUGAUAUGUGCCGAAGCAAUCCUGGACAUUUCCAAAACCAUCCUGCCGGCCCCUGUGGAGGGCAGCGACAGGCCUCCCUCUGCGAGCCCACGCUUGCCUUCCCCGGACGUGCCUUCCCGCUUCGACGGUGACAGCAGCUCCGUGGACAGUGACGACAGCAUUGAGCAGGAAAUCCGGACAUUUCUGGCUCUCAAGGCGCAAUCUGGGAGUGUGCUGGCCAGAGCCGAGGGCUGCCCUCUGCCCACGCAGGGCCCGCUGCUGCUGCCUGGCCCCAACAGCCAGGCCAGCGACCCCAAGGCCCCUCCGUCCAAUAAAACAUCAGACCUGUCCCCAAGCUGCAAAAGGAAACGGAGAGGAGGCAGCAACGCCGUGAGGCCGUCCACAACCAAGAAAACAAGGGAGGUGAGAGAAAGCGCCCAGGAUGGUGACCACGGCCAGAGCCGGGCUCAGCCCAGCCAGGAUAUGCGGGACCCACCCAGCCAGGGAGAAGCCAGGGAGGUGCCAGGAAGGGAGAGUGAGGCCAGGGCCCAGCCUAUGCCACCCUGGACAGUUGGGCUUAGUGACUCGCCCCUGACUCCAGGCCCUAGGGGUGCCGGGAAGGCAGAAGAAGGACAGAGUGUUGGCGAGAAAGAGAGUUCAGAGGAUAAGAGCAGCUCACUGGACAGCGAUGCGGACCUGGACACAGCCAUCAAGGACCUGUUACGAUCCAAGCGGAAGCUCAAGAAGAGGGGCAGGGACCCCCGAGCCGCCUGCAAGAAGAAAGUCAGGUUCAGCACCACCGAGACACGGUCCGUGGACCAACUGCGUGGCCUCCCUGGACACUGGGAAGACAGAGGCCCUCGGGUGCUGAGGAGCUGCCUGUCUAAGUCCGGCCAGGACAGCAGGGCUGGCCCUCGGCGGAGACUGCCAGGUGUCUCCAGCCGCACAGUGGAGAGCAUAAAGCCAGCCAGCCUGGGGGAGGAGGAUUCGACCCCCACCUUCUCGUGGGGGAGGGGCCCAGAGCGGCCUCUGUUCUCCAGGGAGACGGGGGCUCCGGACGCUGACUGCUCGGCCCACAGCACCAGCUCCCUGUCUGAGGACAGUUCGGUGGACAGUGACGACAGCAUAGAACUGGAAAUUCAGAAGUUUUUGGCAGAAAAGGCCAAAGAGUCAGUGAGCAUUUCCGAAAUGCAAGGAGCAACCCCCACUGCUCUGGGAACAGAGGGUCCGGCGAGGCCGGAGGUGCUGUGCAGGAAAGAGCUGGCCCCCGCCCUGCAGCAUGGGGUGUGCACGCGGAGCCAGAGGGCCAGGGGGGCCCCUCAGCCUAUGGAAGGGCCAAGGGCUGCAGAAAGAGCUGGGCUGCAGGGCACUGCCAGCCUCUUCGUGCCAGGCGGGAAGGGCACCCCCCGCUUGGAGAGCACCCCUCGUGCCCCUGCUGUUCUGAGUGGAAGUGAGCCAGCGCUGCCCAGGAGCACCCGUGGGACUGUCUCUGCCAAAGGCUCCCUGGCGAGCCGGAGAAAUGUUUACGUCCACAAAGACCAGAGCCCACGAGGGGCUGAGCCUGCCACUUCGGAAAGCAUGUUCGGUCAGCUGCCCAGCUGUGCCAGAGCAGCCGCUGAGGCCAGAAGCACCGGCGGAAACUUUCCUGUGAACUAUGGGAGCCAGAGCUUGGUGACCCCUGGCCUGGGACUCCAGGUCGACCUGUCUCUCCCCUGGGGCGACCUUGCCCACCAGAACAGGCUGCCCAGCCCAUGGGCACUGAACUCGGACAGUCGAGGCUCAGCAUGGACAGGGGGCCUUGGGGCUGAGAGAGAGAGGGCAGCCGAGGUACAGGCCAGGGGCCCACCCAGCCUCUCCUCGGACCCCAGGAAGGGCCCGACCUUCCCAGGUUUCUCUUCCCUGCUAUCCACCCAGCUGUUUAACUUUGGGAAGAGCACCCCCUGGGGGGGCACCCAAGCCGGGCUCCUCAGUGCCCCCCUGGGCCUGCCUCUGCAGGGACCCUCCUUCUCCGCCUUCAGAGAGACCCCGGCCAGCCAUGGCCCUGUGUUUGGAAGCCCGCACCUGCUCACAAAGGACGGCGGGCACUGGCCCAGCAGGAAGGCCCAGGCCGGGCUCGGUUUGCAUAACAGGAAGAACUCAGGCUCGGAGGAGAACAUUUUAGACCUGAGGUAUCCACACAGGGUCACUGACAGGGAUGACCAGGACCAGGAGGCCUUGGGCAGUGAUGCCAGCGAAUUCAGUGACACCUCUGUGGAGGACGGUGGCGGCAGCUCUAUGGUGAAGGGCAAAGUCCUCAAGUUGUGAUAGGUGUCUGGCUCU